CCGCCCGGCGCUGUGCACAACGGCCGCGGGGCGAAGCGGGUGGGGAGGGCGGCGGGCGGGAGCUGGGGCGGGAUGGGGGCGCCGGAGUGACCGGUCCGAGGAGCUGUGCUGCGGCCACAGAGACUGAGGGUGCAGAGGGAGCGCCGAGAAGAGAGCGGCAGGUUAACAAGACAUUCAGUACUAUGGAGCAGGGCUUAGAAGUAUUUCAGGAACAGGCUCUCACUAAAGCCUCUUCAUGUGAAGCCGAACUUCAGGAUUUAGUGCAUCAAGUUGACAUCAUAGUAAACAGCAAGAAAGUAGAAUGGGAAAGGAAGAUGAAAGCUUUUGAAGCACAGAUGGAUAUCCAGCAUCAAGAAUUAGCAAGUGCCCAAAGCAAAUUGGAUCAAAAAGGUCAAGAGGUGGAACUGCUUUGUCAGAAACUGGAAAACUUACAGAAAACUAACAAUGAAAUGGCUCAGAAUUAUGAAACUCAGCUUUGUGCGCUUAAAUCUCAAUUUUCGAAGUUGACACGCAGUUAUGAAAAGCUAUUAAAACAAAAAAACUGUCAAAGUAGAGAAAAACGUAAGGAAAGCCCAGAGACACCAUUUGAACGGAGCAAUUUAAACAAGAAACUGGAGGAAUUUAAAGCAAAAUCAAGAGAAUGGGAUAAGAAAGGGACAAUCUGCCAAAAUCAUCUCAGUUAUUUAGAUGCUCAGCAAAAAUUAUUGUCUGAGAAAUGUAAUUUGUUUCAGAAGCACACUCAAAGUUAUCAAUUCCAGAUAAGCAAUAAGAAACAAAACCAGGAAGAGAUUGUUAAAUAUGGCCAGCCUGAAAAAGAAAAGGAUGGGUUAAUUGUUGAAAAGCUAAGGGCAGCAGUGAAUGAAAUGACAAUAAGCAGGAAUAGACUAGAAGAGGAAAAUCUGAAACUCCGUGAAGAUCUAAAAAUGUUCCAAAACCAGUGCCAGAACAUAGAGGCAAGCUUUUCAGAGAUGAGAAAUGAGCUGCAAUCACGGGAUGCUCUCUGGAGGAAGAUACAUCUGGAAUGCCAACAGUUGCGUGCAGAAUUACUGAAAAUCAGAGAUCAUAAGGAUAUGCAGGAAAUGCAUCCGUCAUCCUGUGUACAACUUACUGAGCAAUCAGAAAAUAAAAAUGCUGAUUUAUUACUACAGGCACAAAGUCAAGAAAGCCAACGAGAAGUGCUAAACAAGAUAAGAAACCAUUUUUAUCGAGAGGAGCAGUCCCAUUGCUCUGAGCAGGAAAGGAUAAGGACAGAAAUCUCUGACCUGACAGAAGAGCUUCAUCAGAAGGAGAUCACUAUAGCAACUAUCAUGGAGAAAGCUAGUCUUCUGGAAAGACGGUUAAAAACGGAGUUACAGAUAAAAGACAAAUUGUUAGCAAAACAACAGUUGUUGAAUUUCAGAUACAAAGUUAUCAAAUCUGAAAACACGCAUCUAAAAGAGAUCAUGGAAAAUCAGAAGUAUAAAAGUUGCAUGAAUAUCGAUUUAUCUAAGAAAAAACAUGGAGAUUUCACAGCUUCUAUUCACAAACUGGAACAUGAGAGUGCAAAAUUACAAAAUAGUCUUGUUAAACUACAGAAUCGCACAGAAACACCGAUGCUGAGCGGCGUGGAUAACCAGGGAGAGACGGAGCACAGCUACCAAACCUAUUCAAAGAAGCAAGAAAAGGAAGAGAGAACUUUCCAAAAGGAAGAUGAAUGGCAUACGAAACCUCAGCAGCCUGCUAUAUUCACAGCCAGUGGAUACCAUAGAAGCUGUAGUCCUACUUUACAUGGCCAAGGUGAUAUCGUCGGUUCCAAAAGUGAUCGUGCUUUAUCUUAUCAUAAACUUGACAGAGGUCAUGAAAAGGAACUAGAUGAUAAAUCUCCAUCAGCACCAACAGAAUAUUCUUUGUGCUUUGGUGGACUGUUUCCUGAAAAAGGCAGAAUGGGCACUUUAUUAAGCCAUGCUUAUGAUGCAGAAGAAAUCAAAUUACCAUCUUCUCCUGAGACAUCCUUCCUUGCAACAACAGAAAAGUUCCUUCAAGAGGAAGAGAGACAUACCAAAGAGUUUGAAGAACGUUUAAAUUCACACCUUGAAGAACUGCAAAGACUUUCUGAAAACACUCUUAAAAAAUACACCGGGCUACAGCAAAGUAAGCAUACUUAAGCCAGUCACACAACUAAGAAAAUAAAAACACAUGUAAUCACUGAAGAGUUUCUUAAAACUAAAAUGUGCAACUAAGUUAAUAAUGUCUUUAGGCACAUUGCAAGAAGCAUGUUAACAUAAAGGCUUAACAUAAAGGCUUCAAUAAGUUUUUAUCUUCCAGAUUUAGAUAAAUCAUAACCUGACUAUACUACAAAACACUGUACCCUAGACAUAAUGCAAAAUAUACAGUUUUCUUUUGCACAGUUAAAUCAAGAGCCUGUUGCAGCACUGUACAUUAAGUAAGAUAUUUUCAAUUCUGUGGUGUACAAGGGCUAGUAAGUAGAAUUAUUUCCUUGAAAAUAUAAUCAGCCAAGAGAACUUCUCUAGAUUGCACAGAACAAGAAUUAUAAGGGCUUUUAGCUAUGUCAUAGCUCCUAGCAUUAAGAGCUUAUCUAUGCUCUGGUUAUUCUUGGCUAUAGAAAUAGCCCUUGGGACUCUUGAAAUGAGAAGUUUGAGCUUUUGAUUUCUUACGCUGUAAAGCCAUGCAGUACUGUAGGAGGAACACAAGCAGACAAAGCACAAAGCUACUUUGAAGCCACCUCUAUUGCUCCUUUUUCCAGACCUAUAGAUUUCACCUGGACUGAGUCUGAUCUCAGGUGCUUUCCAUGCUUUACAUUAAUACUUAAGAUUUUUAAAUCCCAUCAUCAAAAGCACCUUCAAACGAUUUUGAUACUAUACUGGCUUGUUGUUUAACUACACUGGAAUAGGGAAAAGCCUUUUACUUCAGAUGACUUGUGAUGAGUCUUUGGAGAUGGCCUGAAUUCCUUAUAUUUUUCUGCAACUUAGAAAAACAUUAUAAAACUGAGCAGAGCUAAUUCAACUCCAUAUGCUAAAAAACUGCAUAAUGUUGAGAUUCCUUUUAUUUGCAAUUCAAACUGGAUUCUAUUGCUGUGUAAGCGAAACAAAUUACAGGCAGUGUUGAUGAACCACCAAUUUCAGUGAAAGAGAUACUGAAGAAGUGCUUUCCAGCAUAGACUGCUGCCAACUUCCUGGAAAAAUCUGGAUAAAAAUAAUACCAGACUGUCACACAGCUCCAGCGUGAGUAAAACAAGUGUUAUUGAUAUUCAAGACCACAGCAAAAAUGUAAAUUGUUUUUGCAAGAUAUAUUUCCAUUACGACAAAAUAUACUACAUCACACACAAAAUACCAAGAUUUUAAAUACCAGUUUGCAAUAAAAUGAGUAAUGAAAAUGAGGGCAUCAAAGAUUCUUUACAGGAAAACUCAGGGAAAUUGCUAGACUCAGCUGGAGAAAUGAAGACUGAAUAAAAAGAUGAAAGGACAUUUGAACAAACUAAAUAUGUAUCCAUCCUCAAUUUAAGGAGAGAUGCAUCUGGAUUUUUUGAAAGAACUAAUGAGAAAAUUUAGGAACCUCUCUAAAUGAAGCUAAACUUUAAGAUAGGAAAGAUUUGCAGAAUCAAAAAGCAAAUCUUUCAGAAAGCGGAAGAAGAAAAAGGGCUAUUAGCCAAUUAGCCAGAUUCUUUUGAUGCUUCAAGGUUUAAACAUGCAAAAAAAAGUCAGCAUGCCCCAGAUCUUUAGAGGAAUGCUCCUCAGUCCAGUUAACUUUCCAAGGAUCCCGCUUGUAAUACAAGUUUGUGUGAUUAUGUAGAAUGAAUGAAUGAAAUUAUAAAAAAAUGAGUAAGAUUUUCUUUCUAGCCUUUUAAGAUCCGGCCAAGCUCUUAACUUUGGCUAAUGAAACACCAGAGUCAGUUUCAGCUUGGCUUUUGUGGAAUAGCGUAUAAUCAACCUCUACAUGAAAAGCGUUGAAAACUGCAAAGCGCUCGUGCCCGAAGAGCCUGCUUGUUCACCUGUACUUCCUGCACAGAGCACGUUGCACUGAAAAUGUGCUGAGUCAGUAUGGAUUAAAGUCCUGGUUCUUAACACCUCUUUAACUGAAAGAUCACCUUUCUCUUCCACGGCCAAAAUCAGCAGAAGCUGCUAAUCUCACAGCGCGCAUUUGAACAAGGGCCCAGUUCUGCUGCAGUCGACUCAGAGCCACACCGCAGGUCCUUGAGCGGUGCCACCUGCGUGUGGCUGCAGAAAGACCUUUGAAUCAUUAACUUAGGAGUAGUAUUUCUGAAAGAGAGAUGUUAUUGCUACACAUACAGUCUUAGGAGUAAAAUUCAAUGCAAAUGCAUAUUUUAAAAUUUUAAAUUGAUGAAAUGCUUUGAUUGUAUUAAAAUGUAGAAACUUGCUUGAGCUGGCGAGAGGUUUGUUAAGGAAAAUACAUAUCCCUGAUGCUAUCGUGACUGAAACAGUUUGUACAAUAUAUGGCAUUUCACAUUACUGGGAAAAAAAUUUUAAAGAAUGAUGGACAGCAGAAAUAAUAAAGUCUGAGAAUUAUAUCCCUGCAAACAGGGAUCGGGGAUGCAUACAUAUUGCUAAAAGAAUAAUCAGAUGGGUCCAAGGCUAUAAAUGUCUGAAAGUACCAAUAAAAAUGAAUAAGAAAUGAA